AGCAGACAUCAAAACUGCAGCUCCUGCUACUAGAAAGGAGGAACAGCUUCUUCCAUGGAGUCCUACAUAAACUCUUCAGAAGACUACUACUACUACUACCGUGAUGACUUUAAUGCUACUGUUGACUACACUUUAUUUGAAAUGUUGUGCAUCAAAGAAGAGGUAAGAACUUUCAACAAGUCGUUCCUACCAGCAUUUUACUCGAUUGUCUUCCUUGUUGGGCUUGCUGGGAAUUCCCUCGUGGUGGCAAUUUACGCCUACUUCAAAAAACUGAGGACCAGAACAGAUGUAUACAUCAUGAAUUUGGCAAUUGCCGAUUUGUUACUGCUUUUCACUCUUCCGUUCUGGGCGGCAAAUGCUGUACACGGAUGGGUGAUGGGUAUCCCCUUGUGCAAAAUCACCUCCGCUAUGUACACCAUGACCUUCAGCGCUAGCAUGCAGUUCCUGGCCUGCAUCAGCGUCGACCGAUACAAGGCCGUCGUCAAAUCCCAAGGCCAGCAAGGCGUUAUGAAGCAAUGCAGCAAAACGUGUUCCUUUGUCUGGAUGGCUGCCAUUUUGCUUUGCAUUCCCGAUCUAAUUUUUAACACGGUCAAGGAGCAUCAUAACAGAUUUGCCUGCCUUUACACAUUUCCCGAGAGCUUAGGGAAAAUCAUUAAAGUCACCCUCGAAAUCAUGGAAACGUUCCUGAGUUUUGUGCUGCCCUUCUUCGUCAUGCUGGUUUGCUACACUGGAGUGGCCAGAGCUCUCAUCGGGAGCCCCAGUGUUAAAAAAUACAAGCCUCUGAAAGUCCUCGCUGCAAUCAUUUUGGCCUUUAUCAUCACCCAACUGCCUUACAACGUCAUCAAGGUUUGGAGAGCCAUAGAGAUCAUCCAGCCCCUGGUGAAGGACUGCCACGUCAGCAAAGCCGUUGAUGUUGCAUUGCAGGUAACCAACAGCUUCGCCUUGUUUCACAGCUGCCUCAACCCCAUCCUGUAUUUCUUUAUGGGGGCCUCUUUCAGAAUGCAUAUGGUCAAAAUAGCAAAACGUUAUGGCUACUGGAGAAGACAACAGAGCACAGCACCUGAAGAGAUUUGUAUGGACCAUGAAGACACAGCAGGACAAACAAGUAGUUUUAGUAUUUAGAAAGUCGGAGGAAGAGAGCUAUUAGCCUCCAGUAGAGGCUGGCUGCAAUGUGGGCAGGACAGUGAAUUCGCUCAAGGUUUCAGUCAGAACCAUGGACAGCUCUUUUAGACUUCUG